AUGACGAGUUGUUUGGACCAGCGCUGCAGUGCUUUCCAUUUAUCGGAUGCCUUCUGUGUUCUGCAUCCUUUCAAACGGGAGUUCACUUUCUACUCACAUGCCUGCCAGACCAGCUCGCGCAUUGAUCGCGCACUCAUCUCGCAGUCGCUGCUAUCGCAUGUUGAGUUCGCCUCCCACAUCAUGCCUGCUGACCCAAUCUCGGAUCACAGCUUCGCGAUUAAGGUGGCCUUCAGGAUGAGCACGCAGGUGCAGACGGGACCGGGCCUCUGGAGGAUCCCUGCAUACAUGGUGGGGAGACCGGGUGUCAGAAAGGUGAUCAAAAAGGUGUCGAACCAGAUGGAGGAAUCAGGUGACAACUACGAGCUGCUAAUCGCGAGACUGAACGCAGGGCUCAAGGCUUACGCCAGAGAGGAGAGAAAGAGGGUCCGCGCCACGAUGACCUUCCUUCAACAGGCGGUUGCUGAUCUGAAACAGGCGUGGCUGGGGGACCCGAGCUGUGUCCGGCUGAAAGACCUGCUGAGCGAGAGGGAGCUCCAAUUGAGAAGUUAUCAGCAGUCGCGGCAGGAGAGACUGCACGUGAUGGCCGGAAUGAAGGAGGCGACGUUGGGGGAGGUAGCAUCACCUUUCCUAUCUGCGAAGAUUAAGGGCCGGAAGGAGCGCACGCAAAUCACGGAGUUAAACGUGGGAGGCACAAUGGUCAGCGACAAUAAAGGCAUUUUGGGUGCAGCUUCGCAGUUGUUUGGAACGGACAGACAGACGGUCUUAUCUGAGUGGGAACCCUCGGCGGACAGAAGACUGUUGUCAGCAGCGGCGGAGUCGUUGUCUGCCGAGUGGUCGGAGGAGGAGGUUAAGAGCGCGUUUCAGUCGAUGACGAAUAAUAAGGCUCCUGGCCGGGACGGCUUGCCAAAGGAGCUCUUCGAAGCACAUUGGGACAUCCUGGGCAAACACUUCAUGUCGCUGGUGAAGAGUUUCUCGGACACGGCGUCCCUCCCAGCCUCCACAAAAGACGCGGUGACCAUCCUGCUGCAUAAGAAAGGGGGAAGAGAUCAGCUGGAGAACUACCGUCCAAUCACAUUGCUCAGCUUCACCUAUAAAGUGAUAGCGCGUGUGGUAGCGGACAGGAUGAAAACAGUGCUCUCGGGGGUAGUCUCACCGGAGCAGUUUGGCUUCUUCCCUGGGAGGAGGUUGUCAGACGCUGUGGGGCUAGUGGCGGAUAUUAUCGAAGCGGCCAAAAAUAAAGAUAAAGACUGGUACCUCCUGCUCGUUGAUUUUAGGAAGGCCUUCGACUCGGUAUCGCGGGGAUUCCUGUUUACGGUGCUGGAGAAGAUGGGUUUUCCUCCUCGCUUUGUCGGAUGGAUUCGGGGCCUGCAUGAGAACACACGGACAAGUCUGUUGGUUAACGGUUGGAUUGGCGAAGCGGUUGAAGUGGUCUCGGGGGUGCGUCAGGGUUGCCCUCUAGCACCUUACCUGUUUUUGUGCGCGGUGGAACCGCUGGCGCAGGAAGCAGCGAACCGGAGGAUUGGUAUUUCCGAGGGUGAUCAGCGGCUGGCGUAUCUUGGUUACGCCAAUGAUACAUCUCUCAUCCUGGAGGGGGAGGAGCAGAUUGUAGCGGCAGAGAAGCUGUUAGAAGAGUUUGCAGGGGAGUCAGGUCUCGCUACUAACAAGAAGAAGUCAAUUGUCGUACCACUGGGGUCGAAUCUGGGCAGGCAGCCCUGGAAGACCGAUGUUUUCAAAUUGGCGAAGGCUGAUGAGGCAGAAAGGCUGCUGGGGGUGUGGGUGACUCCUGCUGUAAGCUGCAAUCCUACAUGGGAGAAGGCUUUCGCACAGAUUAAGCGGAAAUUGUCGCAGUGGGAGGCGCAACAUCUCACAACUGGCGCGCGUGCUGCGGUGAUAAACUGCUACAUCUCACCGAUAAUCUUCUUUCAGGCUCAGGGGUACCCGCCACCGAUGGAUAUUUGGGGGCGGAUACUGAAACUGACGCACAAUUUCAUGUCGGGUAACCGGGCCUCCACCGACAAGGAAUUUAUACUGUGGAGCAGAGAGCUGUUGUACAUGGCCAGGGAAGAGGGGGGUGUCUGUGUGAAGGACCCCGAGAUCGAACUUAUCUGCCUAAUUGCCAGAAAGAUCGGGCUGCUGCUCACCGAGACGAACGCGCUGAAACGUGACAUCAUGCUCCAGGCUGCGGACUUGCCGCUUGGAACGGACACUUUCGUCGCUCACGCUACAGUGGGUUAG